CAGGAAUUCGUCCCAACUUUCGUCCCAACGGCUUCGUUUCUCCACCAAUCCGUGUAAACAACUGGUGACUUUCGAUGACAAGAAUGCAAUCGUGUUCGGAUACCUACCGCUUGUUUCUCAUCCUUUUGAUUCUUGGAACGGUCAUUGUUCAUGGCGAAUCAGAACCGAUGGCUAGACCAGUUCGUUCAGAGACAUCUGCCAUUUCGGAAGACUUAAAAAAAUUCCUCGAUAAUUGUUACUAUUUGUAUAGCGGAAGAGCAGAGGUAACGAUGUAUGGAAAAAGGGGAAACGCUCUGUCUUCUGUGCCAAGCAUUGAUUACGUAUGGGAUACGAUAAAAACAAGCCCGGAGGAUAUUCGAAGAUCGCAGCAACAAAAGUUUGAAGAAAGGAUGCAAGAUGAACGUCGAUUCCUUGGUGAACUCGAAGGCUAUGGCGCCAGAAAGGAUAAUCCACGGAUUUAUAUUUCACCUAGUCAAGCCAUGGUUCAUCGAUACUAUGAUGAUGUGCAAUAA